AUGUCCAACAUUGCAAAGCUCGAGUUUGCAGCACUUGAAGUUAGUGGGAAAAACUAUGUGCCAUUGAUGAUAGAUGUAAAAAUGCAUCUUGAGUCCAUGGGAAUCUCAAAUGCUAUAUAUGAAUUUAAUAAUUGUUUGGCACAAGACAAAGCAAAAGCACAAGUUUUCCUUCAUAAGAAUAUUGAUGAAAUAUUGAGAUUUGAAUAUCUUGAUGUUACUGAUCCAAGUAUUCUCUGGAAUCUUUUGAAAGAAAGAUUUGAUCAUCAAAAGGAAGUUACACUUCCAAAUGCUAGAGAUGAAUGGAGAACACUCAGGUUUCAAGACUUCAAAAAGGUAAAUGAAUACAACUCAGCUUUGUUCAGAAUAUGUUCACAACUCAAGUAUUAUGGACAAGAAGUUACUUGUGACAACCCUAAAUUUUCUAUCCUGUACAGUCAAACACUUCAUUGA